AUGAAUGAAGCCUAUGACUUGGCUAUGAAGUCAAUUAAAUGUAUGAAUCUUGAAGGAAAACAGAAGUUAUCAGAAAUAGUAAGUGAGAAAUCUAAACUUAGAGCUAUCAAAUCUUCUGUAGAACUAAAAUAUGCUAAGGAGAAGAGGGUAGUUCUUAAUUGGGAUAAUCUUGUAAAAGACGAAGUGAACAAGCUGACACGAAAACUUUUAAAUGAACUUGAACAGAAACAUGAUGGACUGAUGAAGUUGGUAAAUCAUGAGGAAGAUAGAUCAGAAAAGCUUAGGCAAGAUUUAGAACUCAGAAAUAACAACAUAUGUAAAGUUGUCAGAUCAAACAAUGCCAUUCAGGUCUUUAGCACAUACAAACAAGAGAAAAUUGCAGAAGAAAUGAACGCACUUCAGAUACCGAAAAAGUUUGAAGAGUUUCCAGAAUUUUUGCCAGGCAAUAUACUUAGUUUAGAGUCUUUUUAUGGAAAGUUACAUGUACCUAAAGACAAAUUCGCUGACAGUUGCUUUGAAUUUAAAGUUACACAACAGUAUAACACUUCUUUGUCACUUGUUGAAGAUUUAAUUUGUAUUAACGAUGAAAUGAUGUGGAUAAGCUUUACUAAUGAUAAAGUCCUACAGAGGAUAUGCUUUUCUAAUGGAUCAACCCUUAUCAUGAAAGCCUAUGACGUGACUCCAUCAAGUAUCGCAUUAAUACCGUCGGGAGACUUGCUGAUUUCAUCUAUGAAAUCUAACCUUGAUAUACUUUCUCAGAGCACAGGUACCAUUACAGAGUCAAAAUACGGAGUUGCUCCUCUCCAGACCAUUGCAGUACAUGUAACCAAAUUCAAUCGGAUAAUUGUAGGAGCAAGAGAGAAAGGACCACCAUUUCCUAUCAAUGGUCCCAGACAGGUCAUUAUAUUAAAUAUGCAGGGUAGGAAAAGAAAGAAAUAUCACUUGGACAGCGAGGGAAACCCAAUUUUUUCACAGCCUCGAUCAAUAACUACUGAUGGUGACAAUAACGUUUAUGUUUUGGAUUUGCUAUCAAUAGACAAUGGGCAGGGUAGAAUAAUCGCUUUAAGCAAUAGGAUGGGACUGAAUUCGCCGAAGUGGACAUAUGAUGGGCAUCAAAUUGCAAAUAAGGAACAAUUAUUUGCACCUUUCAGUUUGGUGACUACCCCAUUAAACAAUAUCAUUGCUUCAGAUAAUAACCAUAUGCUUCAUAUACUGAACCAAAACGGAGAAUGCAUCCAUAUUCUGCACACUGAGGAGUUUGACAUCCACUGGCCAAGAUCCCUUGACAUUGAUAACAGUGGAACUCUGUACAUUGGGUGUAAAAUAAACAAUGUACUGGAUCCAUGGGGGGCUAAAAUACUUGCAGUUCAAUUCUCUGGGUUCUGA